AACUACAAGAAGUGCCCGGCGGAAAGCGGGGCUCAAAGCUCCCUCUCGAGUUUGCGGCGGCGGGUCUCUGGCGGGUCUCCGGCGAGCACUGCAGAGAGUCGGAGGUAGCGCGCCUGCCCGUCCGCAGGGUCUCGCCGCCGCGUCCCUAGGCCCGUAGGCCCGGCCACCUGCCCACCCGCCCCCUCCACGGGUGCGACCAACCGCGCCCUCGCGCCCCGGCCCGCGGGCCCUGCGCGCACCCCGGCCGUCAGGCACCUGACUGUGAACCCUGUGGCUGCCAAGGCGCGCACCUCUCACCUGUUGAGCAGAGAACAGCAACCGUCGGUCUACGUGGGAGAACCCCCUCCCUUUUCUGAGCACGAACGAAAGAUGUCGAACGGAUAUUGCGCAGACAGGAGUUUCUGCUACCUCCUCUCGUGUUUCAGGACCAGAGUGAAAACGUACAUCCAGGUGGAGCCCGUACUGGACUACCUGACCUUUCUCCCUGCAGACUUGAAGGAGCAGAUUCAGAGGACGGCCGUCACCGCUGGGAACAUACACGCAGCGGAACUGCUUCUGAGCACCUUGGAGAAGGGAGUCUGGCCCCCAGGCUGGGCUAGACAAUUUGUGGUGGCCCUUCAGAGAGCAGGCAGCGUUUUAGCCGCCCGCUACCUGAACCCAGAGCUCACCGACUUGCCCUCUCCAUCCUCUGAGAACGCUCAUGAUGAGUGUCUCCAGCUGCUGAACCUCCUUCAGCCCUCCCUGGUGGACAGAAUUCUGGUUAAAGAUGUCUUGGAUAAGUGUGUGGAGGAGAAACUGUUGACAAACGAAGACAGAAAUCGGAUUUCUGCUGCAGAAAGCAAUGGAAAUGAAUCAGGUGUAAGAGAGCUACUGAAAAGGAUCGUGCAGAAAGAAAACUGGUUUUCUGCAUUUCUGACUGUUUUGCGUCAAACAGAAAACUAUGCCCUUGUCGAGGAGCUAACAGGCACCACUUGCUUUGGAAGCAAUGCAGGGACUGAGAGUUUAUCACAAGAAGAUGGCCCUGAAGUUAAAGAGGGGGUUCUUGUAGCCACGGGUCAGCUGAGUCCAGACAAAGAAGGUCGGGACACGGAGACUCACUCACUGGAAUCGUCUUUUGCGGAUCCUUGUGUAACUUCAGAAUCAGACACAAGUUUGGCAGAAGGAAGUGUCAGCUGCUUAGAUGAAAGUCUUGGACAUAACAGCAACAUGGGCAGUGAUUCAGGCACCAUGGGAAGUGAUUCAGAGGAAGAACAUGUGGCAGAAAGAGCAUCCCCUGAGCCAGAACUGCAUCUCAGGCCCUACCAAAUGGAAGUUGCCCAACCAGCCUUGGAGGGGAAAAAUAUCAUUAUAUGCCUCCCUACAGGGAGUGGGAAAACCAGAGUGGCCGUUUACAUUGCCAAGGAUCACUUGGACAAGAAGAAAAAAGCAUCUGAACCUGGAAAAGUUAUAGUCCUUGUCAAUAAGGUACCACUAGUUGAACAGCUCUUCCGCAAAGAGUUUGAACCAUUUUUGAAGAAAUGGUAUCAUACUAUUGGAUUAAGUGGUGAUACCCAAUUGAAAAUAUCAUUUCCAGAAGUUGUCAAAACCUAUGAUGUUAUCAUCAGUACAGCCCAGAUCCUUGAAAACUCCCUUUUAAACUCAGAAAUAGGAGAAGAUGAUGGUGUCCAGUUGUCAGACUUUUCCCUCAUCGUUAUUGAUGAAUGCCAUCACACCAACAAAGAAGCAGUCUAUAAUAACAUCAUGAGGCGUUACUUGAAACAGAAGUUGAAAAACAAUAAACUCAAGAAAGAAUGCAAACCAGUGAUUCCCCUACCUCAGAUACUAGGACUGACAGCUUCACCAGGUGUUGGAGGAGCCAAAAGGCAAGCUGAAGCCAAAGAACAUAUUUUAAAAAUAUGUGCCAAUCUUGAUGCAUGUACCAUUAAAACUGUGAAAGAAAAUAUAAAUCAACUCAAAGGCCAAAUAAAAGAGCCAUGCAAAAAGUUUGCAAUCGCAGAUGACACCAGAGAAGAUCCAUUUAAAGAUAAACUUGUAGAAAUAAUGACCAGGAUUCAAAGUUUUUGUGAAAUGAGUCCAAUGUCAGAUUUUGGAACUCAACCCUAUGAACAAUGGACCAUUCAAAUGGAAAAAAAAGCUGCAAGAGAAGGAAAUCGCAAAGACCGAGUUUGCGCAGAGCAUUUGAGGAAGUACAAUGAGGCCCUACAAAUUAAUGAUACAAUUCGAACGAUUGAUGCUUAUAAUCACCUGGAAGCUUUCUAUAAUGAUGAAAAAGAAAAGAAGUUUGCAGUCCAAGAAGAUGAUAGCGAUGAGAGUGGUGAGGAGGGUAACGAUGAUGGUAACGAAGAUGAGGAUGAUGACAAGAAGCCUUUGAGAGUGGAUAAGACAGAUAGAUUUCUCAUGGAUUUAUUUAUAGAAAACAAUAGAAUGUUGAAAAAGCUGGCUGAAAACCCAAAACAUGAAAAUGAGAAGCUGACCAAAUUAAGAAACACCAUAAUGGAACAAUACACAAGGACUGAGGAAUCAGCCCGAGGAAUAAUUUUCACAAAAACACGACAGAGUGCAUAUGCCCUUUCCCAGUGGAUUACUGAAAAUAAAAAAUUUGCUGAAGUUGGCGUCAAAGCCCAUCAUCUGAUUGGAGCUGGACACAGCAGUGAGUUCAAGCCCAUGACACAGAAUGAACAAAAAGAAGUCAUUAGUAAAUUCCGCACUGGAAAAAUAAAUCUGCUUAUCGCUACCACAGUGGCAGAAGAAGGUCUGGAUAUUAAAGAAUGUAAUAUUGUUAUCCGUUAUGGUCUCGUCACUAAUGAAAUAGCCAUGGUCCAGGCCCGAGGUCGAGCCAGAGCUGAUGAGAGUACCUACGUCCUGGUUGCCCACAGUGGUUCAGGAGUUAUUGAACGUGAGAUAGUUAAUGAUUUCCGAGAGAAAAUGAUGUAUAAAGCUAUAGACCAUGUUCAAAAUAUGAACCCAGAGGAGUAUGCUCAUAAGAUUUUGGAAUUACAGAUGCAAAGUAUAAUGGAAAAGAAAAUGAAAAUCAAGAGAAGUAUCACAAAGUAUUACAAGGAAAACCCAUCGUUAAUAAAUUUCCUCUGCAAAAACUGUGGUGUGGUAGCCUGCUCUGGGGAAGACAUCCAUGUAAUUGAGAAGAUGCACCAUGUCAACAUGACACCAAUAUUCAAGGAACUCUACAUUGUGAGAGAAAACAAAGCCCUACGAAAGAAGUUUGUAGACUAUCAAACAAAUGGCGAGAUUAUCUGCAAAAUAUGUGGCCAAGCUUGGGGAACGAUGAUGGUGCACAAAGGCUUAGAUUUUCCUUGUCUCAAAAUAAAGAAUUUUGUAGUGGUUUUCAAAAAUAAUUCACCGAAGAAACAAUACAAAAAGUGGGUGGAAUUACCGAUCACGUUUCCUGAUCUUGACUAUUCAGAAUAUUGUUUGUUAAGUGAUGAGGACUAACACUCGAUUUGAGACUCUUUAAAAAAUAUUAUCAUCUUAACAUUUACUUUGAUUUUGAUGAGUGUUUUUACUAUACUACAGAACUGAUAUGAGGAUUAAUAAAGUCAUUGCCUUA